UUUUUUUUUUUUACUCCAGUUUGCGUUAGCCAUAUAUAUAUAUUUAAUUUCAGCUGGAAUUCCGAUCUGUGAUAUGACCCCGGCUGUUGAUGAUCCACAAAAUUGCACAUCGAUAACGACUAAUGGCGAACAUCGGAUGGGAAAGGGCUUCCUUUGGGGAGCAGUGCUGAAGGUGAGAGGAGCUCCAUUCUGAGACAGCAAGACUCUUGAGGAUCACACAGCAGCUGAGCAGAGGACUGUUGUAGCCCUGUUGAUCUUUGUCGGCACAAAGACUGGGACAGAGCACAGAGCCACCCUAUACACCCAGUCAAAAGCUUCAACCUUAGGAUUUAGUUCACAAGUUAAGUAAUGCUAGCCUCACAACCUGAAAAAUCUCUGGGACUGUUCCUCCAUCGGCUCUAGAGAUUCUGAGAUGGAGUCAUUUCCCCCAGAAGAAAAUGGUUCUUUACCCACUAUGAAAUCCAAUAGAAUCACUGAUGGGAACAGCCACAACAGAGCCAAAAAUAUAGAUGAUGAAUACCUCAGGACUACAGCAAAUGGCUCUAGAACUACUCCCAUUUCUGACCAAAUGAAAACGGAGACUGAUGACCAAUGCAUUGUUAACCAAGACGAACAUCUUUUCACUGCAAUAAAAAUUGAGCCUGAAGAACUGGAACAAAUUAAUACAAAACAGGAAAACCACAAAGAUUAUGGGGAUUUUUGCGAUUCAGCAGUGAACACGCUACAGACUCUAACUAAUUGUGAUUAUCCUGAGAUUGAAAUGGAAACGGAGGAGGAUCUAAGUGAAUGUGGUGCUGUUAGAAAGAGUUUAAGUUUUCAGGGCAUGACGUCUGACAGUAAAAUUGACCUCGAUGAGAAACCAUAUGUGUGCAAGGACAGUGGGGAGCCUUUACAGAGUUCAAAGUCCACUGAAACGCAGAAAGAGACUAACGCAGGAGAUAAAUUGUAUACGUGUAGACCACAUUCUUGCUCUGACUGUGGGAAGAGCUUCCGGAAAUCUGGAAACCUGAAAAGACAUCAGCUAAUUCACACUGGGGAAAAACAGUACACUUGCACACAAUGUGGGAAGAGUUUCAGUCGCUUAGAGCACUUAAAAACUCACGAAAGAAUGCAUACAGGAGAAAAACCAUAUUCUUGCACUGACUGUAAUAAAAGUUUCAGUCGCUCCGAACACUUAAAAACUCACAUAAGAAUGCACACCGGUGAGAAACCAUAUUCUUGCCAGGACUGCAAGAAAAGUUUCAAUCACUUAGGAAGUUUAAAACUCCAUCGGCAAAUUCAUACAGGAGAAAAACCACAUUCCUGCACUGAGUGUGGUAAGAGUUUCAGAGAAUUAAGAAUUUUAAAACGACAUCAGCAAAUUCACACAGGAGAGAAACAACACUCUUGCACUGUCUGUGGGAAGUGUUUCAGUCACUUGGGGGCCCUAAAGAUUCACCGGAGAAUUCACACAGGGGAGGAACCAUAUUCUUGCUCAGAUUGUGGAAAAAGCUUCUGUCAUUUAGGAAACUUGAAACAGCAUCAGCUAACUCACACAGAUGAAUCAUACUCAUGCACAGUCUGUGGGAAGGUUUUCUUUCGUUUAGGGAACUUGGAACAACAUCAGUUGCUUCACACAGGUGAGAGACUGUACUCCUGCAAUGAAUGUGGGAAGAGCUUCACUCACUUGGGGAGCUUACACACUCAUCAGAGAAUCCACAAAGGAGGAAAAACAUACAUUUGUACAGAAUGUGGACAGAGGUUCUAUAGGUUAGGAAGCUUUAAAGAACAUCAGCGAGUUCACACAGUUGAGAAAGAAUACAGCUGCAUUAUAUGCGGGGAUAGUUUUGGCCAUUUGGGACACUUUAAACAACAUCAGCAAAUUCACAACAAAGAAACUCUUCUUAUGCCUUAAUUUAAGUUAGGGUGACUGAAUAUACACUCACUGAGCACUUUAUUAGUUAUUUAUUAGACAUUUUUUUGACAUAUUAAAUCUUCUGCUGCUGUAGCCUAUCCACUUUGAGCUUUGACCCAUUGUGUGUUCAUAUAUGCUCUUCUGCAUACCACUUUUGUAAAGUGUGGUUUUUUGUGUUUCUGUCACCUGUCAGCGACAAGUCUGGCCCUCCUCUGACCUCUCAUUAACACGUUUUUGCCCGCAGAACUGCUGCUUACUGGUUGUUUUUGUUUGUUUCUGGUUGUUGUGUGUGAAAAUCAAUGGGAUCAGCAGUUUCUGAGAUACUCAAACCACCUUGUCUGGCACCAAUAAUCAUUCCACAGUCAAAGUCACUUCAAUCACAUUUCUUCCCCAUUUCAAAUUUGGUCUGAAAAACAGCUGAACCUCUUGACCAUGUCGGCAUGCUUUUAUGUAUUUAGUUGCUGCCACAUGAUUGGCUGAUUAAAUAUUUGCAUUAACAAGCUUGUGUACAGGUCUACUUAAUAAAGUGCUCACUGAGUGUAUUUUACCUAAAUAACAGCAGAGGUGAGAAGAAUAGAAGAAUGUACAAAACAUUUUUCAAUUUAGGGCCCAAUUCCUUGCCUUUUUGCAUGGAGAUGAGAGUGCCAUUUCUGGGUUUGUGUAAUGACAGAUCCCCACAGCCUUAUUAUGCAAACCAGAUGAAGAAGCUGCUACCCAUUUAGAGGUUUGCAACACAAAUUUCAAAGCAUUUCAAAACAUCUUGAUUGAUUGAAAAAUUGUUUUGAAAUGGAAACGAAAUGUUGCCCUGUCAAAGCAGGAUAUAUGGUGAGGAUGGGCUGCAGUCAGCUGGAAUGACGGUGCGUCAUCACACACCUGGGACAGUUGAUUUGUCACCUGCAACUCUGCCAGUUAAACUGCACAUAAAGUGUCUUCCUCCGACGUAUGUUUGUGCGAGCCAGACCUGCAGACUGCUGUGUGAUAAAACGUGACCACACUCAUGAUGUUUUGGAAGAUCGCUCAUGUUUGUGAUUUCUGGCAGCUACUGACUGCUAAACCUUUAGGUUUUCUAAAAUUCUUGUUUCGUUCAGCAUUUCAGUUUAAGAAGAAAACAUAAUUUUUGGGGUCACCGAGUGUAGCACUCAAUAAACACAAAAUCAAAUGGAGAUAUCAUGAUAUCUCAAAGAACCUAUGCAAAGUCAAAUAUUACUGUACAUAAUAUGGGAAAUUUGAAAUGAGGGUCACUUUGUAAUUUUCUAGUUCCCAGAUGAAGCAAUGCAACUGUAGAUUCUCAUGUGGUUGGAAAUGUAUACAGGGACCACCAUAAUUUAUUGGACAGUGACACAUUUUGGUUCUAUACUCUCGCAUUUUGAGUUUGAAAGGAUAUAAUGACGAUGAGUUUGAAGUGCAGACUCAGCUUUAAUUUGAUAGAUUUUCAUCCAUAUCAGAUGAACUGUUGAGAAUUAGGCCCGCCUAAUUUCCAUUGACACUACUGUCUUCCUCGUGCUGUCACACCCCAACACCACAAUCUCCAAAGGCAGCUGCAAAGUCAAUUGUCAUUGUAUCCUUUCAAACUUAAAAGUGGUAGAGUUCAGAACCAAAAUAACAAAAGAAUAUGUCACCGUCCAAUGAAUCAUGGUGCUCACUGUAUUUUUUUUUUUUCUAUUCUAAUUUCGGCUGUAAUUCUUUAUUUGAAAUGUAUUGCAUACUCCAGAUGGUGUAUUAUUGUAUAUUGUUAUUACUUCUGUGUAUGGUUGUCUCUAACAUGUAAUUGGCAAUAAAUCUUUGAAGUGGUGAUAAAGGAUUGUAUUUUGUACAAUUCUCGUCACUUAUCUUCAAGAGGAAUAUAAA